UCUCUGCUCUCUCUUCAGAUGACCCAGGAGCAGUAUAUUUUGGCGUCGCAGCCGAGCGCCCUGCAGAGGCCGGGUUGCCCUGCUCCAUACCCAGUGGGCAUCUACGGUUGGCGUAAACGCUGCCUCUACUUCUUCAUCCUCCUCCUACUGGUCACCAUGAUUGUCAACCUUGCACUCACCAUCUGGAUCCUGAAGGUCAUGAACUUCACAGUGGAUGGGAUGGGUAAUCUACGUGUCACCAAAGAAGGUGUGAGGUUAGAAGGUGUCUCUGAGUUCCUUCUUCCUCUCUACGUCAAAGAGAUUAAAUCAAGAUGGGACAGUCCGCUGAUCCUGCAGUCAGACCGGAACGUGACGGUGAACGCGCGGAAUGACCUCGGACAGCUCACAGGACAGCUCACUGUGGGAUCGGAGACGGUGGAGGCUCAGUGUCAGAGGUUCGAGGUCCGGAGCUCAGAUGGAGACAGAGUGCUGUUCUCCGCGGACGAGAACGAGGUCAGCAUCGGCACCGAGAAGCUUAGAGUGACAGGUAACGAGGGAGUCGUGUUUGCUCAUUCAGUUGAGACGCCACACAUUCGAGCAGAACCUUUUCAAGACCUAAAGUUGGAGUCUCCGACGCGGACUCUGACUUUGGAAGCGCCGAAAGGUGUGGAGGUGAAUGCAGGAGUGGGGGAGUUUAGAGCGUCCUGCAGGAAAGAGCUCACUCUGGAGUCUUCUGAAGGGGAGAUCUUUCUCAAUGCCAAGUCCAUCCGCAUGCCCAAUCUUCCUCAUGGCAGCGUGGACCCGCUGCUCAGCCCGGGCACCAGCUACCCAAAACACACCGUGUACGAGGUGUGUGUGUGUCCGAGCGGCAAGCUCUACCUGUCCCCCGCUGACAGCGCCUCCACCUGCCAGACCUCCAACAGCGUGUGUUUAUGGAGCUGAGAGUGGCGUUGGGGCGUCGCCCGACACCAGAAAGGCCUUCCUUUUCUUCCUCCUUCCCUCUUUCCUUUCUCAUUCUGUUCAUCUCUCUCCACCUUCACGUCAACAACAACAACAACAACAACAACUCCGCUGAACCUUAUUUACAGACUUUACUCCAAAACGCUGGAUUUGGUGUCACUCAGACGGAGUGUGUUUUCUUCUUAUUGAUUAUUCACACUUCCUUUUUUUUAUCCACUCAUAUUUUUUCUUGUUUAUCAUUUACAUACAUUUUCAUUCCCUGCUCAUUGUCCUUUCUUCUUCUUCUCCGCCAUCCCUUAUUUCCUCCUUCCUUCUUUCCUUCCUUCAGGAAUUCAGGAAUCGGAACAAGCUCGUCUCGAUCGCGGCCUCAUCUUCCCGGUCUGUAAAUGGAGCAGGAACUGGUUUCGGAGCGUAUUUUCCCCUCUCUUGUUUUUGGUACUCCUAUUUUUGUAUGCCCCUCUGCCCCAGUGGAGACUUAUGGGAAAAUUAGACACGAGGCCGGACCAGGCUCAUGAAAACGAGCACACACACACACUCACACACACACACGGCUUGUGCACGCUCGAGUGUGUGUGUGUGUGUGUGUGUGUGUGUUUUUCUAAAGAAGCGAUACACAGGUGCCUUUGCUGUUGUCGGAAAAGCACAUGUUCACCCGCAACCAUCCUCCAGUCGCAGCAGAAAACACCGGCAAAAAGAGGAGCGCUAAUUAACGAACACAUCAAACAGGAAGGACACGUCCAAUGUCGUCCACUUCUGUCCUUUUCCUUUGGUUGGUUUUUUGGACUUCUCUCUUUUUUUGGGAACAAAGCACAAGAU